AUGGGAAAUGCAGUGUCUGGACCUGCAGUGCGCGUCCAGGCCGGAGCUUUAGAUAGUUACGUCUCGGAACUCGGUCCUGAUAUCCACUAUGAUAAGAGUAUUGGUCAUUCACGAUUUCUCAAGACUGUCAAGGCUAACCACCGCAACGGACCCUUACUCAUCAAAAUCUUUGUAAAACCUGAUCCUGGAUUGACCGUGCUCAGAACUUACUACAAACGACUUACCACCCAACGCGAUAAUCUCGCCGACAUUCCUAAUGUGUACUCGUACCAAACAUUUGCGGAAACUGACAAGGCCGGAUACAUAAUUCGGCAAUGGUUGGCGAAUAGUCUCUUCGAUCGCAUCAGCACCAGACCCUUUCUCUCCUUGAUUGAGAAGAAGUGGAUAGCUUUCCAGAUUUUGACGGGUUUACGCGAUGCUAGACGAAAGAAGGUCGCCCACGGGUCCUUGUCGACGCUCAAUGUUCUGAUCACGUCAUCAAACUGGGUCUAUAUCACCGACUUUGCGUCCCAUUUAAAACCGACUAAUCUGCCUCUUCAUGACCCUGAUGACUUUUACUACUUCUUUGACUCAGGAGCUCCGGAGAGAUUCUACGACAGUGGAGGGGAAAUAGAAAAGCUAAAGCAAACCUUAACCACGGAUUUAUGGACCAAGGAUGGCGCGAUCACCGAGGCUAUGGAUGUGUUCAGUGCUGG